AUGGCCAAAUUUGACCCAGAAGAAGAGAAAAGGAUGGCCCAGGCCUCCGAUUUCUAUGCCAGGAACCCACACGUCAAAAAGUCCGCAAUUGCGCAUCAAUUCAGGGUAAAAUAUCGACUUUGGAAAGCGCGUUUGGCUGGACGAAAACCACAAAACACCAAAGGGGGCUAUAACAAGACACUUACUCCUGAUUAG